AUGGCGGAUAACAUAAAGAAAGGAAGUGUUAAUAAUACCGGCCAGAAUCGUAAAAAAAAUUACAAAAGAACAAGUGAGGAGCACCUGCGACAGCCACGGCAACCGAAAAAAGUAGAAAGGGGUGACAAUAUAAUCUAUGUGUCUUCCAAAACAAAUAUAAAGGCAAACCUUGAACGUUGUCAAAAACUGAUAAACAACAAGGAAGAUGAAAUCAUCAUUCAUUGUCUAGGAGCAGCAAUACAAAGGGGCAUUUUGCUUGCCUUGCAGAUAUGUGAAAACAACAUCACAUUCAAGAUUCAUACCAAUACCCUCACAACUGAACUAAUUGAUGACUUGGAACCAGUCAUCGACGAUGCCGAUUACGAAAUCCAAAAACGUUACAACUCGGCUCUUCGAAUAAGAGUCUUCAACACAAAUCCGCUGGAUAAACAAAAAUAAAAUGUUCUUCACAACAGAGGAACUGGUCAGAUGGCUGGGUCUCACUGUAUUCGAAAUAUGGAUAAACUUAAUAUCAUUCCUCUUGUUCACUAUCAUAUUCGUGUUUAAGUACGAUCCCAGCGUGGAUUUGCACGCCAAUGAUUGGGGGAUGAUUUUUUUCCCGCUUUUCGCUGGUGACGCUCUGAACGCGUACUUUUGCAUAAUAAUCUUCAUAAGGAUGUUGCUGGAAAUGACUCUCAAGUUUUCGUUGCUGAGGAUCACUUGGUCGGGGAUAUUGUUACUGAUGACGUUUCUGUUCAAAUAUUUGUUGUAUAGAAAACUGCUGGGCCAAACUAGCUUCGAUUACUCGGAAGUGUUUGCUCCUCUUUUUAUACUAUUACAAUUGAUAGCUGUGAGAGCUUGUCAACAGAGUUGAUUGUGAAUUUUCUAGAGAUGAUAACUUUUAUCAUCCCGAGGGUUUGGAAGGAGAGAUUCACUAAUAUACAUUUUACUAUGACGAGCUUAGGAUUUAUUAAAAUAUUCUGUAAUAUAUUUUUCAGCUGACUUUCGAUUCGCCAUUUUAUUAACUUUGGCCUGGAAUUUAUUCCCUUUCCCAGCUCCUUUUCCGUCCAACAAUUCACAUACUCUGAAAAAAAAAAAUGGAUUGUUCAGUCACAUUUGGUAGGUCAAAUCAAUACAUAUCCUGAAAAUAUUCCAGGAAAAAAUUCAUGCUACCUGUAAUUAGCCAUCUUUCACCUAUGAAAAAUAAUUGAAGGGGCAAUCGGAAGAAGGGGUUUAACAUUUUCUGAAAAUAUUCGGUUAUGUCAUGGAAGAAGGUGUUAUGUGCAUAUGUAACUUGCCCUGUCAGGAUUUGUUUCCAUUCUUCAUAUCUGAGUAGAUACACAGUGGCAGAACGGGCUAAGUUACACAAAACAUCUAGGACGCAAUGGAAGAAGGAGCUAAGGGGUUAUGUACGCAUGAAUCCAUAUGUAUAUCAAAAAAAUAAUAUGAUAGCAAAAUGCGGUAAAUCACAAAAAAACAACCUAAAACUAUUCCUCACAAUUGCAUAAAUCAAAUCACCAAACUGGCUUUCAUUAAAAAAUGCUAACUAACUUUACAAAACCUAUUUUUCUCACUCAAUUAUUAGUAGAACAAUUUGUUUCUUUGACGUCGGUCUUUUUCUGCAACUGAGGCUAAUCACGGACGCCGGUGAGCACACAACCCCCAACCGGGAAUUUUUCCGAAUCCCCUGGUGUUCCAACCAGAGGUAGGGAUCUUUAACGAGUCCAACAUCCAUGACCUCGGGACCGACGGAUUAACGUCCUCUCCGAAGGACGGCAUAUCCGUAACAUAUCUUGUGCUCAUUGAUAUGGUAGCUGUAGCUAUAUGCUAUUUCGCUACAGAUGUGCGGGCUUACGCGUCGUUUCCUUGAAUGGUCACCCACCCAUCCAAGUACUAACCAACUGACACUGCUCUACCUCAGAUAUCGAACGGCUAGUGCCUUACCUGAGAAGCUAGGGCGGUUAGUAAAACAAUGGUUUUAGAUUUAUAGGGUGAGUCGGUCAGGUUAGGUUAGGUAAAAGGUUCGGUAGAUCAAAAGUUCGGUAGGCCAAACGUCUGGUAGGCAGAUUAUUCUAGUACUAUGAAGUUUCUUGGAUACAUUACUUUCAUUGAUAUUAGAAUAUCUUCAACUUACUUCUGUCCCAAAUCAGCCACAGCCUUCUCAUCACCGUACAACACAAUAUUUCCUGACUGUUUUUCAUCGCCUGUUGAAAGAAACAAGAAUAUCUCGGUUUUGCCAAGCUCUUUGAUGAACGUAUUCAUGAAAUCGGGUUCGGCCUCCUUUCUGUGCAACGAAAAAUACUUUGGUGGAUGCGGCAUACUCUUCAGUUUAUUCACUUCUAAUAUUGCAAUAUCUUUCAAAAGAGUUUGCAUGUUUUUAUUGAGAGAUUUGACAUUUUUCUGGAGUUUUUCAAUCAGCUCAGGAUGUUGUGACGGAUUAUUG